GUGGACAUGAUUUAACGAUUCCAACCUUCACAUGGCACUUUGCCUUUUCCAGUGAAUCUCGCAGCCCUCGUAUGCCUACAGGCAGAAUUUUCAUCUUUUCCCAAGUCGCAAACCCUUGUUCUGCACAAUUUGACCAGUCCCCUUUUGCUCGCUUUUGGUUGGUCAAGAGUCUGGUGCUUCUCAUAUGCGGCGCCCCCCACAGCUUUCCGAUUGGAUCCCCAGCGGCAACCCAGUUCUACAAAUUAUAACUAUCGCAGAUUUUUGGGACCCAAACUUUUCAAUAUCAGCAAUAUCGCGAUGUACAUCAUCCCGCUUCUCUACAUUUUACCUUUCACGAUAAUCAACGCCAAGAAUGUACAUGAGAUCCGUCGUGUCUGGGCGCUGUGUGUUCAAACGCAUGAAAUGCUAACAUCAUUACAGAGAGAAUCAGAAAAUUCUUCCGAAGUUACCGAUCUUACCAAUCGUCUUCAAUCAGAUAUGCUUCGGCGACUAGGCACUCUUCAAGCCCUCGGCGAGGACAUCUUGCUUAAUUCACGAUACAUCUGUUUUGGGUUGACAAUCUGUCAAAUAAUCUUGUUAUGCGUCUUUUCUUCAGCAAGCUGGCGGAUCAUGAACACACUUUGGACACAAGUCAAAACGCUUCGGGAAUGCGCCACUCGUCGAUGCCUGUCGUCAUGUGCAGCUAACCAAAAACUUCGCGUGCCGACACCCACAUACGAAGAAUCAGCCGAUAGAACAGAAGUCUAUCAGCAAAAGUCGGUGUGGAACGCCGAAGUGACUGACUCGUUAUGGCAAUCCAGUCUGUUUGAAGAUCGCCGAGAAGAUUGGGAAAAGGUUGAUGAGAUGAUGCUGAAACAGAAACAUGAUUGCCUACGUCGUUAUGCUUUCAACGCUCUAUGUCAAGCAAUCUUGAUCAUCGUGACUACAUCUGCGUUUCUUGCCCUUACCAUUAUUACGCUCACUAAUGCCCUAGAUGUUCCUCGUCGUACUCGACUCUUGGAUUUGCAAGUGAUCAUGAUCGUAUGGCACAACGUCAUCUGGAAUUGCGGAUUGGGUAUCUCUUUAGGCGUAGUUUCGUGCGUCGUGGUCUUUUCGCCUACACCGUCACCAAUAACGGAGGAACACGCUCUCAGGCGCUGUGAAAGCGAUAGUUUCUGAUAUCUUUUUGGAGGCUGCCAGAUUUCCAAUCCUCCAAUCAGUCGUUUACUGGGGCGCUCGGUUAUCUCGCCACCAUCAUGUCAACGCAUGAAUAGCCUUGUUUUUAUCUAAAAAAAUUCUUGUAGUCUCUUGGUCAUAUGAAACACGGCACUCUGCCUAACACAAUCAUUGU